AUGGAGGAAGUCAUUACUUCUUUUGACAAAAUUCUCCUCCUCACUAAAGAAGAAACAAAAGCUGUGCCAAUAGGAGAAGCAGAUGAAGAUGAUGUCCAUGAAAGGUUCAAAACUGCUUUGGUGGGCAAGAUGUUAACAAUCGAGCCUUUCAACCGUGAAGCCUUCAAACAGACUAUAUGA